GCGUAUUUGCAAGAUAGUUAAGACAAAGUAACUGAUACGAAAAACGCAAUUGGUAUCACGGAGUCUCAAAAGUUGUUCUUAUUGGAUGUGAUGUUGAAGUAAAAGAAAAAAUAUUCAAUAUGGCUACAGAUCAUACGACGUGAGCUGUCAGCUGUAAUAAUUUUUGUUUCUUUGUGUUUAUUACGCCUUUAAAAAUGUUAUGAUCGUUAUUUACUCGCGAAUAUGGGUGCAAAAGACUCAAAACCAUCUUUUAUAUUGUACGAGGAUGCAGUGAAACGAGUGUCUGAUAGUGAGUUGAGACGUAUACGCGAAGCGUUCAAGAGAUGUGCCGGUGCGAACGGGACGGCCUUGAGCUUAGAGGCGUUUGUCCACGAAGUGCUAUGCGAUGGUGUUCCCUUCGAGGUGGCGGAGUGGCUGUACCAGGCCUGCGGCGGCACCAAGCGCGGCAUCGCCUUCCGGGAGCUGCUCUGCGGGAUCGUCGUGCUCACUAAGGGCAACAUCGAAGAAAAAAUCAAGUUCCUAUGGACCCUCUACGUAAAUAACCAAGGUGAUAACAGCACAUACAUAUACAAGAGGGAUUUCGCACGGACUCUACAGCUGGAAUAUUCUUCACUUCCUCUCAUUGGCGGCCAGAGGAAUGCGGAGAUACUCCUGAGCCUGUUUGGGCCGACGGAGAAGGUCACAUUCGACCAGUUCCGGUCGUGGCUGCUCAUACAUAAGGAUGCGACAGUGUUGUCCAAAUGGCUACUGUCCGAGGUGAAUGUGGCUCAGGAUCUGGAGACACCGACGUUUUACCAGAGCCUGGCUGGUGUUACACACUUGGAGGAAAGGGAUAUAAUAGAGCUAGAAAAAUGCUUCUGGAGUCUUCGGAACGCGGCGCCAACAGGCCAGCUGGACGCGGAGAGCCUGACGCCGCUGCUGUCGCCGCCGCUGCCGGCCGCGGCCGUGGCUGGGGCCUUCCUGGCCUUCGACGAGAACAGGGACGGACAUGUGGACUUCAAGGAGCUGUGCUGCGGGCUCAGCGCCGCCUGCCGGGGACCCCGGACUGAGAGGCUCAAGUUCUGUUUCAAAAUCUUCGACCUGGACAGCGAUGGAGUCCUCAAUAAGAAGGAGCUGAUCGACAUGGUGGGCAUCCUGUGCACCGUCGCCAACGAGAACCUAAAGAACCAGAGCUCCCGCGCCUCCACACCCUCAGACAUCAACGACUCAGAGGGCACGGAGAAAGGAUUCGACCCUGAGGUCAUACUCCUGAAUCUGAGGGACAAGCUGAUUACUGUGCCCAAAAAUGGCAAGAAACCAGUUUUCCAGUUGGGCAACGGAGAUAAUAAAGAGGAAAUUGCUGCUUUGAAAGAGCAACAGCAACAACAGCAGCAGCAAGAACAAGAAACAGAAGAGGAGAACGAAGGCAUAAUCUCAUCGGACAUGGCGCUGCCGCUGGAGGACUUCCUGAUCUGGAGCGUGGAGAGCGCGGAGGCGCUGUUCACGCCCUUCCUGGACCUCGUGUUCGAGGUGUGCCACAUCGUGCUCGGGCUGCGGCCGCACUGCAAGCACCAGGAGAGGGACAUCGUGCUGGGCUGGCUGCGGCGCGAGGUGCAGCGCGGCUACGCGGUGGGGCAGUUCUGGUACCUGGUGGGCGCCGACUGGUGGGCCGCCUGGCUGGCGCACACCGCCGCGCCGCCCGCCGCCUGCUGCCGCGCGCCGCCGCGCCUGCUGGACGAGGCCAUCGUCUGCGACGAGAGCUUCACCAGCAACUCCACAGAGUCGAUGGGCUCGCUGCUGUGGCGCGACUCGGCGUCGGUGGGCUCGGCCAGCAGCAGCGGCGUCAGCUCCGCCGCGCCGCGCGCCGCGCCCAGCCCCGGGCCCGUCGACAACAAGCGUCUGCUGGCGCCCAACCUGCUCAAGGUCCGCACGCUGACGGGCGAGGGCGGGCACCUGCGGCGUGACGUCACGCUGGCGCAGCACCGCGACUUCGAGCUGCUGCCCGACAAGCUGUGGCGGGCCAUCGCGCUCUGGUACGGCGGCCCCGACCCGCUGCCCAGGCAGGUAAUAAGGCCGCCGAAUUCCGAUGUGGAGUUAGAGCUGUAUCCCUUACAGUUAAAGAUUCUGCGACACGUGCCGAAUACUCAGAGUAUGUUUUCCCCCUCAGCGCCGGUGUCUGGCGCGGGCGCGGCGGGCGCGGGCGGCGCGGCGCUGUACCGCGCGGUGCCGCUGGCGCCGGCGCCGCCCGAGCGGCAGCUGGCCUACACCGCCGCCUUCUCCAGGCUCGCCACCGUCAAGCAGGUAUGCGAGUUCCUAUGCGCAGCGCUGGGCCUGGCCCGCGAGGACAUGCGCCUGUGGUCGCUGGGCUCGGCCGCCGUGCUGCUGGACGACGAGCGGCCCACGCUGCAGGCGCUGCGCCUGGGCGAGCGGGCGCGGCUGCUGCUCGAGCUCAGGAACCCAGACCUCACCUGGCCCGAGGAGAUCGGGGCGCUCAGCAUGACGAGUGGCUCGAGUCGGGCCACAGAACGGCGGGAGACGCUGAUAGCCCCCAACAUGCCCGGUGCUACGGGUCUGCAUAAUUUGGGCAACACCUGCUUCAUGAACGCGGCCUUACAGUCUGUGUGGAACACUGGCCCAUUAACACGAUAUUUCAAUUCGGGCAUGCAUUUAUAUGAAGUGAAUACGACGAACCCUCUCGGGACCAAGGGAGUGUUAGCGAUGAGAUACGGAGAAUUAUGUAAAGAGGUGUGGUCGUGCUCGGCGCGCUCGGUGGCGCCGCUGCGCGUGCGCUGGUGCGUGUCGCGCUGGGCGCGCGCGCUGGCGGGCGGCGGCCAGCACGACGCGCAGGAGCUGCUGGCCUGGCUGCUGGACGCGCUGCACGAGGACCUCAAGCGCACCCCGCCGCCCGCCCUCACCCCGCCCCCCGCCGCCACACCGCCCGCCCAGGACCCCGCCGCACCGCCGCAGAGACUACCCGAUCAGGUGGUAGCGGCGGAGGCGUGGGAGCAGCACUGUUCCCGCAACGCGUCCAUCAUGACGGAGCUGUUCUACGGCCAGCUCAAGUCCAAGGUCGUGUGCGACACGUGCGCGUCCGAGUCCGUGCGCUUCGACGCCUUCAACAUGCUCAGCCUGCCGCUGCCCAUGGAGAGCUACGUCUGCGUCGAACUCAAGGUGAUGUUGUUGGACGGCUCCGUGCCCAUAAAGUACGGAGUGCGAGUGAACUCGGAGGGCACGUAUGCGGACGUCAAGAAGAAGCUGUCUGAGCUGUGCGGGCUGCCGCCCGAGUCGCUGGUGCUGGUGGAGCUGUGCGGGGCCAGCGUGUCGCGCGUGGUGGCCGAGUCCUGCCGCGCGGCGCCGGCCGAGCUGCUGGCCUACCAGCUGCCGCGCCGCGCCGCGCUGUCCGCGCCGCCCGCCGCGCCGCUCGCUAACGGAUGGUGCACGGAGUCUCAGCAGUGGGCGGAGGUGAGUGUGGGCGGCGGCAAUACUUCCUCACUCUGCAUGCCAGCACUCUUCUGCUUCAAGCGCUCGAGAUCGGAAAUUCUUAUGUCCCAGAGUCCGCCGUCGACCAUGUACAACCACGCGGUGUUCAAGGACAACCCCGAGCAGCGCAGCAACACGCUGCCCAAGGACCUGAAGAAAGAGAACGGCAGCAGCUCGCCGACCCUGAGCGUCAAGUCACUCAACAUGAAGCCUUCUAGUCCUCGCCUUAAGGUCAAGUUCGGCUCGUCGCCGUCCAACAUGUGCAAGAUGGACGAGCCCGCGGACGCAGACGCCGGACACAUACAGUACCUGGUGGCAGUGCACAGGAAGCAGUGUCGCGCGGACGCGUACUUCCUGCCGUGGCAGCGCAGCCGCUCGUCGCUGUUCGGCGUGCCGCUGCUGGUGGGGCUGAGCGGCGGCGCGGGCGCGGGCGCGCUGUCGGGGCGCCAGGUGUACGCGCGCGUGUGGCGCCAGGCCGCGCGCCUGGUGUCGCCCGCCGGCACCGCGCACAACCACGCGGCCGACUGCGACGACUCGCUGGGCUACGAGUUCCCCUUCCGCGUGCGCGUCGUGCGCGCGCCCGGCGCCUGGUGCGCGCGCUGCGCCUGGCCGCGCCUCUGCCGCGGCUGCGCGCUGCCCUCCGACGACACGCCGCUGCUGCUGCACCGAGGCUCGGAGCCAUCCCGGAAGCAGUCGUACGCGGUGCCGGCCGACGUCGACGGCGACAUUCCCAACACGAACUCCCCCAUAGCCAAGAACAAACUUAACCGGCUCGCCUCCACCAGGCUCUCCACCGACAUCACGGGUGAGUCGGAGUGCGGUGAGGUCCGCGCGUACGAACUGGGCGCGCUGCUGGCAGGCCCGCGCCGCGCCGGCGUCAUGCUGGCCAUCGACUGGGAUCCCACCGCACUGCAUCUGCGGUACCAGUCCACCAGGGAGAAGGCGUGGGUGGAGCACCCGUCGCUGGCGCUGUGCGCGGCGGAGGCGGUCCGCGCGGUGGACCUGCGCAGCUGCCUGCGCGCCUUCACGUCCAGCGAGCGUCUGGAGCAGCGCUACCACUGCGCGCACUGCCGCUCCGCGCAGCCCGCCACCAAGAAGCUGCAGAUCUGGCGUUUGCCGCCCAUCCUCAUCGUGCAUCUCAAGCGCUUCCAGUACGUCAACAACAAGUGGAUCAAGUCGCAGAAGGUCGUCAACUUCCCUUUCCACGACUUCGACCCCACCGACUACCUGGCCUCCGUGCCGCAGGAGACCAUCCUGCGGCACACCGAGAUCCUGACGCUGCGCCGGCGGUCCUCCCUGGUCGACGACACCAUCUCCGAGUCCGACUCCGACCAGGACGAGGACUCGCCGCCGAAGGUCCACAACAAGCCUAAGGUGGAGAGGAAGCGCAAGGAAUCCGCGGAGGUGCGCGGCCGACAGCGGCUGGAGUCUACCAGUCUGGUGACCACGCCCGUUACAGACGACAACCUCAUCGACUACCACCAGCACCACCUAUUAAAAGACCAAGAUCCCUUCGACAUCAAAUACAGAUUAUAUGCUGUAGUGUCGCACUCCGGGCAGAUGAGCGGCGGUCACUACGUGGCCUACGCGCGCAACCCGUCGGGCGCGUGGCUGUGCUACAACGACAGUUCCUGCCGCGAGCUGCCAGGCCGCAGCCCGCCCAUCGACCCCGCCAGCGCCUACCUGCUGUUCUACGAGCGACAGGGACUCGACUACGAGAGGUAUCUACCCGAUAUAACUGGGAAAGAACCGGUAGUGAAAGAUGCAGAAGUCCUGGACCCUGACGACAACGACCUCAAGAAGAUGUGCUCCAUCAUGUAGGAACAGUUUUGAUAGUAGAGUCGAGAGGUUCAGACUACGCGCCCGGGCCGCGGGCUUCAGGCCAGCUGUGAGCCUGUGACCAGGCUGUGGCCACGCUGCUCAUGUUGGUAUGCGCGACAUCCGGACAACUCCGUCAGUUUCGACAUCCCCUUAUUCACGUGGUCCAGACAAAAAAGUGGUAAAAAACAUUAUUUUGAAAUCCACGCAACAACAAAUGUAAUCAAAGUUAUAUUUUCAUUAUUUAUUAGCAUUGAUGUUGUGGAAUAUUGAGGAAUAACUCUACCGCGUACGGGACCACGAAAACGAAACGCUCAAAUAAAAUAAUUUGUUGUAUUGAAUCAUUACAUUCAGUUUUACGAAGUUAUAAUUCAUUGAUAAGUAUUGGUUCAAUAAAAAACGGCUUGUUUUGAAUGUUUUUCAAACAAUUUUAUUGUAUAAGUAUAUCUUGUAGCUGACGGCUAUCCGAACCUAAUACCAAAACGUAUAGAUACACAAAUUAAAAAUAAUAUAUUUAAAAAUUAUGAACAACUGAACAUAAAUUAUAACCUUUAUGAUGUAUUUUAAAUUUUGAUGUUGAUUUUAUUUUAUUAGGUGUUUUGCGCGAUAUCGCUAGUUCCGUUGAUUUAAACCACAGGUGACACAAUGAAUAGCGAUUCAACUGCAUUUGGUUAUUAUAACAUGAUAUAGUUCAAGCCUUUUCGAUCUAGGAAAAGAUGCUUCUGACAUGUUUUAUCUAGAUUGUUUCUUCGUAUCUCUUAAGUAAGUUAUAUAAAAUGUAUCGUCUAUACAUUAUGUGGUCUGUGGUUAGGGUUGUAAACAGUGUUUUGUUUGUUAUUAUGAUUGUGUAGUUGUAAUGCAUUCCUAUUGUUGGUUCAUUUUAAGCGUUCUGAGCAACAUGCGGGACUGUUGAGAUGGUUCGAAGCUUUAUAGCAAAUGUGGGUGGAAACAUAAUUAACAGCAAUUAAUUGGAACACGUAGCGUCGUUAUAGAGUCCCUAUAACUUCCUUUCCACUUCAUAAGUAUAAAAGUACUUUCGCUAAAGUAUUAAUGCCUGAUGAGGUGAUGAAUCUGAUAAUUAUGUUUUCGUUCAUUUACAAUUUGUUUUCUUGUUAAUGGUUGCCAACGUGUUCGCAUCCAUGUAAUAAUAAUGUCAAGCAAUUGUGAUAUAGUUUGAAAUAUAAAUCGUUGGGUUGCUCUCGACCUCUGAACACAGUGGUCUGUUACAAAAGCGCGUUGUCAACCCAAAAGGUAAUGUUAUAAGUUUUGUUGAGGCCGGCGACAGAACAAAACAAGCGCGUCGCCCGGCCUCGCCCGUUACUUUAAUAUUAUAAUGGAGACUGAUGUGAUGUAAUAUAAUAAAUGUGAAGUGCUAUAUUUUACUCAUUGGAAUAUUUUGUAUUUAAUUAUUGUAAAUAGUGCGUCGGUAAUGUUUUGUACCAAGUAACGUUUGUGUGUGACCAUUGUAUGUGCGGACUAUAGACGAUAUAGUCGUCGAAUUGCUCAGCUGUCUGUAUCGUGAUAUAAAUAGCUUAGGACGCGACUUUCAUUAUUUUAAAAGUCACACAUAAUACAAUUUGUGUAUAAGCAGUCUCUCCGUUUCGUUGGUCCAAAACAUUAAUAACGGAAUAUUAAAAUAAUAUAUUCUUCUAGUGCGGAAACUAUUUAGUGUUACGAUACUGUGUUAUUGGCGAUUUAUGUUGUUUAAACGAAACAAUUAGUUAUUGUUGUAUGAGUGUACCGAGCCUCAGUGCGGGGCUCGCUGUAACUGUCUCCGCGCGGACGGCUUAGGGCACAAUCAAGUGAUGCUUAAUAAAUUCUAGUGAAUACGAUAUAUAAGUAUUAGACUACGUUAAGUAAUAUAUUAUUAUUGAUAUUAUGAGCCGGUGUGCACGAUCCUAUCAUAUUAAUUUGUAAACAUUGUAAUCGAUAUAAUUUAAACCGUAGCUUUUAUAACGCGACGUUACGCUAGCAAGUUACUGCUAGUCAGGGUAGUUGUAUAAACAGGACACCAGUGUUGUACCACGUGCGUCCAUGUUUAGUCGAUAUUUUUAUUUAUUCGAUCGUGUGCACCUCUAUUCGUUACACGGCUACAAUAGUUGAAAACAGCUAUUUCUCAUAGACUAUCAAAGCUAGAGAUAAAGUCUAUACGAUUUUAAAGUAGCCGUUGCCGCAAUACUCGUCUAAACCACGAUAGGUGCGCACGCGCAUAUUUUGUAUAUUUUAACGUAUGUAAUUUCGGUAUUGUUGUAAUGCCAUUGUGAGUGAAUCGUGCCAUUGAUCGAGUUUCCUUCUUCUAUACCAAAGCACUAUUUUUUCUUACACUUGGUUGGAAAUUAAAACUGCGACCAGACAUAGCUGACUGAGUAAUUCCCAAAUAUUUAAAAUGUUCACACAAGUUUAUAAUAUAGAUCAUUACUUGCUUGCUUGUCUAUCUGUCAUUCUUUUCUAUCUGUCUCUGAAAUAGUUAUUGAUAUUGUUUCAAAACUGCUUUGUGUUUGGUUAGUUAAAACACAAGACGAUCUUUCUAUUUUUUCUGCUAGAUUAGGAUAACUCGUGAUGUACACACACACACACACACACACUAAGUCUGGUCGUAAUUUUAACAAAAUUCAACGAUUACCCACACUAUGACAGUUUUGAUAAAAACUAUCAGAUUGUUCACUUGUUUUGAUACAAUUAGCUUUAUCGUCAGUGCGUGGCUCCGAGCUAUACCUGGUAUGUCUGGUAUGGAGACAUACCAAUAUCUCUUGCGUUCAAUGUUAUAUCAAAUUGUUAUCCAUUUAAGUAUUUUGAAUAUCCCUGUGCAAUAAAGAAUUUCUUUUGUAUGUAA